AUGUCCUUUAGGCACCCAAGCAGCGAUAGUGUAGCCCAGACUCCUGAACUGCUGCGGCGAUACCCACUAGAGGAUCAUGUGGAGUUUCCCCUUCCCCCAGACGUAGUGUUCUUCUGCCAGCCAGAGGGCUGCUUGAGUGUGCGGCAGCGGCGCAUGAGCCUUCGGGAUGAUACCUCUUUUGUCUUCACCCUCACUGACAAGGACACUGGAGUCACACGUUAUGGCAUCUGUGUUAACUUCUACCGCUCCUUCCAAAAGCGAAUGCCUAAGGAAAAGGGGGACGGGGUAACAGGGUCCCGUGGAAAGGAAGGCACGCGGGCUACCUGUGCCCCAGAAGAAGUAGGUACUGAGAUCUCAGAGAGUGGCUCAUCCUUGCAGCCUCCUAGUGCUGACUCUACGCCUGAUGUGAACCAGUCUCCUCGGGCCAAACGCCGGGCCAAGGGAAGCAGCCGCUCUCGCAACAGUACCCUCACAUCCCUGUGCGUGCUCAGCCACUACCCUUUCUUUUCCACCUUCCGGGAGUGUCUCUAUACCCUCAAACGGCUGGUAGAUUGCUGUAGUGAAAGGCUACUGGGGAAGAAGCUGGGCAUCCCUAGAGGUGUACAAAGAGAUACAAUGUGGCGAAUCUUUACUGGAUCACUGCUAGUGGAAGAAAAGUCAAGUGCUCUUCUUCAUGACCUUCGAGAGAUUGAGGCCUGGAUCUAUCGAUUGCUGCGCUCCCCAGUACCUGUGUCUGGGCAAAAGCGAGUGGACAUUGAGGUUCUACCCCAGGAGCUCCAGCCGGCUCUGACCUUUGCGCUUCCAGAUCCAUCUCGAUUCACUCUCGUGGAUUUUCCACUUCACCUUCCUUUGGAACUUCUGGGUGUGGAUGCUUGUCUUCAGGUGCUAACCUGUAUUCUGUUAGAGCACAAGGUGGUGCUACAGUCUCGAGACUACAAUGCACUUUCCAUGUCUGUGAUGGCGUUUGUGGCAAUGAUCUAUCCCCUGGAGUACAUGUUUCCUGUCAUCCCACUGCUUCCCACCUGCAUGGCAUCUGCAGAGCAGCUGCUGUUGGCUCCAACUCCAUACAUCAUUGGGGUCCCUGCCAGCUUCUUCCUCUACAAACUAGACUUCAAAAUGCCUGAUGACGUAUGGCUAGUGGAUCUGGACAGCAAUAGGGUGAUUGCCCCUACUAAUGCAGAAGUGCUACCUGUCCUGCCAGAGCCAGAGUCAUUAGAGCUGAAAAAACACUUAAAGCAGGCCCUUGCCAGCAUGAGCCUCAACACUCAGCCCAUUCUCAAUCUGGAGAAAUUUCACGAGGGCCAGGAGAUUCCACUUCUCUUGGGAAGGCCUUCUAGUGACCUGCAGUCUACGCCUUCCACUGAAUUCAACCCACUCAUCUAUGGCAAUGAUGUGGAUUCAGUAGAUGUUGCAACCAGAGUGGCCAUGGUACGAUUCUUCAACUCUGCCAAUGUGCUACAGGGUUUUCAGAUGCACACACGUACCUUGCGACUCUUCCCUCGGCCUGUGGUAGCUUUCCAGGCUGGAUCCUUUCUAGCUUCACGUCCCCGACAGACUCCCUUUGCUGAGAAACUGGCCAGGACUCAGGCUGUGGAGUACUUUGGAGAGUGGAUCCUUAACCCUACCAACUAUGCCUUUCAGAGAAUUCAUAACAAUAUGUUUGAUCCAGCCCUGAUUGGUGACAAGCCAAAGUGGUACGCUCACCAGCUGCAGCCCAUCCACUAUCGAGUCUAUGAUGGCAACUCCCAGCUGGCUGAGGCGCUAAGUGUGCCACCAGAGCGUGACUCUGACUCUGACCCCACAGAUGACAGUGGCAGUGAUAGUAUGGAUUAUGAUGACUCAAGCUCUUCUUACUCCUCCCUCGGUGACUUUGUCAGUGAAAUGAUGAAAUGUGACAUCAAUGGCGACACUCCCAAUGUGGACCCUCUGACACAUGCAGCGCUGGGGGAUGCCAGUGAGGUGAAGAUUGAUGAGCCACAGAAGGAAGCAGAGGAGCCUGGCCCAGACAGUGAAAACUCUCAGGAAAACCCUGCACUGCGCUCCAGCUCCAGCAGCAGUCCCAGUACCAUUGUCCAUGGAGCCAGCUCUGAACCUGCGGACUCUACGGAGAUGGAUGAUAAGGCAGCAGUAGGCAUCUCCAAGCCUCUCCCUCCUGUGCCUCCCAGCACUGGCAAAUCGAGUGUGGACAGGCAUCAGACAGAAAUUGGAGAUGGGUCAGUGCGCCGGCGAACCUAUGACAAUCCAUACUUCGAGCCCCAGUAUGGCUUUCCCCCUGAGGAAGAUGAUGAUGAGCAGGGGGAAAGCUACACUCCCCGAUUCAGCCAACAUGUCAAUGGCAAUCGGGCUCAGAAGCUGCUGCGGCCCAACAGCUUGAAGCUGGCAAGUGACUCAGAUGCAGAGUCCGACUCCCGAGCAAGCUCUCCUAACUCCACCAUCUCCAACAACAGCACCGAGGGCUUCGGGGGCAUCAUGUCUUUUGCCAGCAGCCUCUAUCGAAACCACAGUACAAGCUUCAGUCUUUCUAACCUCACACUGCCCACCAAAGGUGCCCGAGAGAAGACCACACCAUUCCCCAGUCUGAAAGGAAAUCGGAGGGCCUUGGUGGACCAGAAGUCAUCUGUCAUUAAACAUAGUCCAACUGUGAAAAGAGAACCUCCAUCACCCCAGGGCCGAUCCAGCAAUUCUAGUGAGAACCAGCAGUUCCUGAAGGAGGUAGUACACAGCGUGCUGGACGGCCAGGGAGUGGGCUGGCUCAACAUGAAAAAGGUGCGCCGGCUGCUGGAAAGUGAGCAGCUUCGAGUCUUUGUCCUGAGCAAGCUGAACCGCACGGUGCAGUCAGAGGAUGAUGCUCGGCAGGAUGUCAUCCCAGAUGUGGAGAUCAGCCGAAAGGUGUAUAAGGGAAUGUUAGACCUCCUCAAGUGCACAAUCCUCAGCCUGGAACAGUCCUAUGCCCAUGCAGGUUUGGGCGGCAUGGCCAGUAUUUUCGGGCUUCUGGAGAUUGCUCAGACCCACUACUAUAGUAAAGAACCAGACAAACGGAAGAGAAGUCCAACAGAGAGUGUAAAUACUCCUGUUGGCAAGGAUCCUGGUCUAGCUGGGCAGGGGGACCCAAAGGCUAUGGCACAGCUGAGAGUCCCCCAGCUGGGUCCUCGGGCACCAAGUGCUACAGGAAAGGUUCCUAAGGAGCUGGACACCAAAAGUUUAAAGGAAGAGAAUUUUGUGGCAUCUAUUGGGCCCGACGUCAUCAAACCUGCCUUUGACCUUGGUGAAACAGAGGAGAAAAAAUCCCAGAUCAGCGCAGAUAGUGGUGUGAGCCUGACGUCUGCUUCCCAGGGCAAAGCCCACAGCUUGAAGCCAAAGGAAAAGCUGGCAGGCAGCCCAGUUCGCUCUUCUGAAGAUGUAAGCCAGCGAGUCUAUCUCUAUGAAGGACUCCUAGGAAGGGAUAAAGGAUCGAUGUGGGACCAAUUAGAGGAUGCUGCUAUGGAGACCUUUUCUAUAAGCAAAGAACGUUCUACUUUAUGGGACCAAAUGCAGUUCUGGGAGGAUGCAUUCUUAGAUGCUGUGAUGUUGGAGAGAGAAGGAAUGGGUAUGGACCAGGGUCCCCAGGAAAUGAUCGACAGAUACUUAUCCCUGGGAGAACAUGACCGGAAGCGGCUAGAAGAUGAUGAAGAUCGUUUACUAGCCACACUUUUGCACAACCUCAUCUCCUUCAUGCUGUUGAUGAAGGUAAAUAAGAAUGACAUCCGAAAGAAGGUACGGCGUCUAAUGGGAAAGUCCCAUAUUGGGCUUGUGUACAGUCAGCAAAUCAAUGAAGUGCUUGACCAGCUGGCAAACCUGAAUGGACGUGAUCUCUCCAUCCGGUCCAGUGGUAGCCGGCACAUGAAGAAGCAGACGUUUGUGGUACAUGCGGGAACAGACACAAAUGGAGAUAUCUUUUUCAUGGAGGUAUGUGAUGACUGUGUGGUGUUGCGUAGCAACAUUGGGACGGUAUAUGAGCGCUGGUGGUAUGAGAAGCUCAUCAACAUGACCUACUGUCCCAAGACCAAGGUCUUGUGCUUGUGGCGUAGAAAUGGCUCUGAGACUCAGCUCAACAAGUUCUACACUAAGAAGUGUCGGGAGCUGUACUACUGUGUGAAGGACAGCAUGGAGCGUGCUGCUGCCCGGCAGCAAAGCAUCAAACCCGGGCCUGAACUAGGUGGCGAGUUCCCUGUGCAGGACAUGAAGACUGGAGAGGGUGGCUUGCUGCAGGUCACCUUGGAAGGGAUCAAUCUCAAGUUCAUGCACAACCAGGUUUUCAUAGAGCUGAAUCACAUUAAAAAGUGCAAUACAGUUCGAGGCGUCUUUGUCCUGGAGGAAUUUGUUCCUGAAAUUAAAGAAGUGGUGAGCCACAAGUACAAGACACCAAUGGCCCACGAGAUCUGCUACUCUGUGUUGUGUCUCUUCUCGUAUGUGGCUGCAGUUCGUAGCAGUGAAGAGGAUCUCAGAACCCCACCCCGGCCCGUGUCUAGCUGAUGGAGACGAUCCUGCAGCUGACCCCGCCCACGGGCCUCCCCUGGCCUUUUGCUGCUCCCAAGUGCACGAAGCUGCUGUGACUGAGAAGGGGAUGGUGUGUGCGUGUUCUCUGCAGGCCCCUCCUGUGGCUUAGCUGGUUAUGUCUUCAGGUGUGUCUUUGUGCUUGUCCGUCACAGAGCUAAGCUAGUCCCUUCUACCUUUCCCCUCUCCUAGACCAGCCUACUCUCAGGGCUUGAGAGAAGAAUGUGUAUCUGUUGGGCUGGUAUGAGCCCACCAUUGCGUGUCUUUGAGAUGUUCGUUUGUGUUGCGGUUCCUUGCCCUUGGCAUUCUACCCUCCAGUGCAGGAGUCUGCUUGCCAUCCUCUGUGGUCUGGCACAAGGUCGCCUGGGGCAGCGCUACUUUGAGGUAGAUAGGAAACUUAGCAGCCUGCCCUUCUGGACGUAGGUGAGCAGGGAAAGGGAGGAAUGGGCCAGGCCGGCAGAGUUAAGUGGCAGCCCCCAGCUUCAUUCUGCAUUUUUAAGCUGUGGCCCGAGGCGCUGCUGCCACCUGCCCCCAUCCCACCCUUCAGC